AUGGGAAGAAAUCCGAGCCAAUGAAAGAGGAAAUCCGCCAAUUGCUUCCCUCGGGCCAGCUAACUGUCUGAGAGCGAGAAAAACAAGUCCUUCACAGUUAGCGCUGCUAAAGUGAGUCUGGGCUUUCUGAAGUACUUGGCCAGCAUUGUUGCACGGUUCGGGGCAGCAUGCUCUAGGGUACUUUACUAAUAUACAUCUGGAAGUUUUUGCAGAUUAACUACAGUAUUGUAAAAAAAAAAAAAAAAGUUGCAGGUUGGCUGCUGCCCAGCCCCCCUCUCUAAAUGACCGCAAACGGCUAACAAACGGAUAUCAGGAUGGAAGGGUACUUGGACCAGCAAGUGCCUUACACUUUAAGCAAUACAUCUCUUGGAAAUGGGAACGCUUGCAAAGCUUUGACCGGUGCCUCCAGAAGGUACAUGGCCGCAGAAUUGCCUUCUCAGGAUUCGGAAGAUCUCUUCCAGGAUUUAUGCCAUUUCCAAGAGACUUGGCUAACAGAAGCUCAGGUUCCAGACAGCGAUGAACAGUUUGUGCCUGACGUUCAUUCAGAAAAUUUGGCUUUUCACAGUCCUCUUGUGAAGAUCAAAAAAGAGCCCCAAAGUCCAUCUUCCCACACAGCUAAUUCCUGUAGCCAGAAACAGUUUCAGUAUCAAACCAGUGACCAGUGCCUUUAUGCCAGUGCCUAUGACCCAAAAAGACAAGUUGGACUCAAGUCUCCAAACUCACCCAGUUCAAUGUCUCCACUGCAGCAUUUCCCUCCUAAUGCCCCCUUGAAUUCUAGACAGGACCCACAGAUCCUGAAGCUACAGGCACAAUCACAGCCCAUUUCGACCAAAGGAUACCCUGUUGAUCAAAGGUAUCAGCCACCACAGGCUGAAAUGUGCCAGUCAUUCCCGUCAUCUCAGAGCAUGAGCAGAGGCGAUUCACCAGGGUACCAUCGGCAGAUGUCAGAGCCCUGUUUGCCUUAUCCACAGCAGAACUUUAAACAGGAAUACCAGCAGCAGAACUUUAAACAGGAAUACCAGCAGCAAAAUUUUAAGCAGGAAUACCCACAGCAGAACUUUAAACAGGAAUACCCACAGCAGAACUUUAAACAGGAAUUCCCACAGCAGAACUUUAAACAGGAAUUCCCACAGCAAAACUUUAAACAGGAAUACCCACAGAACUUUAAACAAGAAUUUCUUGAUGCACUAUACAAACAGCCUGGUCAGAUGGACUGCAAUAACAAUAAUAAUGCCCAGAGAUACCCACCGCAUGUUGUCAUCAAGCAGGAAGUAACAGAUUAUGGUUACGAGCCUGGUUUUGGUUAUGAGAAACCAAUGAGAGCAUUCUGUGAUGAUGCUUGCGUUGUUCCAGAGAAGUUUGAAGGUGAUAUUAAGCAGGAAGUUGGAAUGUUCCGUGAGGGUCCUCCUUAUCAUCGCCGUGGCUCUCUGCAGCUCUGGCAGUUCCUGGUGGCACUCUUAGAUGACCCAUCUAAUUCAAACUUUAUUGCCUGGACAGGCCGAGGCAUGGAGUUUAAACUAAUUGAACCAGAAGAGGUAGCAAGGCUUUGGGGAAUGCAAAAGAAUAGACCAGCUAUGAAUUAUGACAAGCUCAGUCGAUCUCUCAGAUACUACUAUGAGAAAGGCAUCAUGCAGAAGGUGGCUGGAGAACGUUAUGUCUACAAGUUUGUUUGUGAGCCUGAAGCUCUUUUUUCACUGGCUUUCCCUGACAAUCAGCGUCCAACCUUGAAAUCAGAAUUCGAUCGCCAGGUGAAUGAGGAAGACACAGUGCCCCUUUCCCAUCUGGAUGACAAUGCAGCAUAUAUUCCAGAUAUGGGGGUUGUGAAUUCACAGCACUAUGGCAAAGGAUUUGCAUACUGAUGUUGAACCAAGUAUCCAGAUGACAUAUCUAAGUAAUUAUUUAUAUGUUUAUGUUAUUAAACACCUUUGAAGUACCCCUGGUGUUAAAAAUCAAAGUGUAGACUCACCUUGGCUUACAGGCUGGAGCACUGGGUUCAGGGAAGAAAACUGGCAGGUUCAGAACCAUACUAAAGUCCAGUAUUGCAUUUGCGGCCGUAGGCAAAUCUCUAUUUGUCCUUUUGCUCCCCAGAAAUGGACAAGUGGGUUGUUGCAUCAUAGAAAAUCUGCCUUAAGUUAAAAAUGUAAAUGAAGAAGAUAAAUGGGAGGGUGGCCUAAUGCUUAAGGUGUUUGCCUUGCAAACACAAGGUGCAGGGUUCAAGUCUCCCAAGGGAUAAUUGGCUAGGCUUAAAAUGGCUCACAAGGGCAGUUAGCCUAGUACUAACCUAUGAACCUAUGAAAUAGCUUCCACAAGAUUUAUAAAUAAGCAUAGUCAAAGAUAGCUUGUAUCUUGUCCUGUUUUGUAUAGAACUUCUGUUCAUUCCAGCACAAGCGUAUCACUCCAUAUUAUACUCCACAAUCCUUUUUUAUUUUUUUUCAGAUCCUAUAAGCAAUAACUGUGUUUAUUACUUUUCCUAGUUAUAGAUCUUUCAUAUAUACUGGACUGUUGUACAAGUUCUUUACGGGGUUGUGAUGUGUGUGCAUACAGCAUGAGACAGCUUAUGACUUUUGUACCACAAAGUUCUAUGGUCAGACAUGUAUUUCUUGUGGCACUAGUGGAUGAGUAAAACUCCACAUGUAACAUUCUAGCACUUCCAAAACAUGUAUAUGCAGUAUAGGGUAGUGUAAGUCAAAAUGACCUACUCAAGUUUAAUCUGAGUGGGUAAAAAUAAGCAAAAAAGGAAUAAGGGGGAAGCGUCAGUAAAGGAAUGAGGACGUGGUUGUGGCAGUCUAAACAGAAGAUGGGCUGCAGCACGUAGAAAAUAAUAAACAAGUUUAAUGCCCCAAACGGGUUUUACUUUUAGAAGCAGUCCAAUUGUAAUUGUUAAAUGUGUUUUUGUGCUUAAUUGGAAGACGGUUAGGGUUAAUGUUAGUACUUGUGAAGCAGGGUUGCCUAGAAACUGAAGAUCUGCUCCAUAAUUGCCUUUGAGGUAUCUUGAACGUCGCUGGUCAUAAUGUCAGUGCUGCUUAGGGAUAGCCUGUAGGCAGUUAACUUUUCCACCAUUUGUGAAAUGUCCUAUUCUUGAUGACAUAGUGUAGGAUCAAAAAUUGCAUGUCAGACUGAUUUUUAUCACAAACACUUCUGUCACACACACAAAUCUUUGUAAUUGGAAAAAAGGGGAAAGUAAUACAUUUGUAGCCAUUUCUUAAAAUGUAUGUUAUCUUUUGUGCAUUUGGACUCCUUUAUUUUAAUUGGCAAGCUGAUUAGGAGACCACAAGUUGUGUACAUACUGAAGAUUUGAAUGACUUCACACAUUUAUUUCAGGUUUUACUACUGCCGCCACACAUGCUCGCACUCCAUUGAACACCCAUGCAUAUACACUGUAUCGCUCUCACACACACACACAUACACACACACACACACUGUAGCAUAUACAAUGACUCUGGGUAUGUGUAACACAUAAAUGUUACUGUUUUCUUAUUAGACAUACCGAUGUGGGUUAUUAGGGACCUAAGUGAAGUGCCUGUACGUGUUAUGAAUUUUUUUGCACAAUCCACCCUCAGAAUAAAAGGUGAAAAUGCAGACUAGCUUCUCCAUGAAUAAAAAAGAAAAAAAUCAGAA